AUGUUCCUGAAGCACAUUGACCUGACCACUGCACUGCGGCCUUCGUAUCUUCCGGAUGAAGUUCUGCUCUUUGUGCAGGACAAUGUCGGCUUGUACGAGGGGAAGUACAAGCUCCCCAACCAGCAGAAUGGCCAGGUAUAUUUGACUUCACAUCGCAUCUGCUAUGUCGACAAGGACGAGCCAAGGAAGAACUCGGUCGCCCUCAACUUGAAGGAGGUGGACCGCUAUGAAUUCUACGCCGGGUUUCUCAAGUCCUCGGCCAAGAUCACCCUUGUGCCCAAGCCUUUGAAGAGAUCAACGCUUCACAACCGUGUGGUGUCCAACAUCGGGGUCGCCUCAAGAGGCAGUACGCCGUCUCCCGCACAGCCAGACAACGCAUACGCUCCGCCGUCUGGGCCUCCAGCAAUCACAACUGCCACCUGGGUCUGUAGCAUUUGCAGCUUCUCGAAUCCGGUGCCUUCAAACUUUGAUCCAGUCUCUGCAAACGCCCACACGCCUCUUCCACCAUGCUUAGCGUGCGGAAUCAAACCGACCUUGUCGCAGCUGCUGAAGGCGGCCAUCACCAGCGCAAGCAACCGUCCGACAGCUUUGUCCAGCUCGGGCCAGCAAGCCCCAACAACACCGCAACAACCAAACCUACCCCCUGCCAUAUCCAACAGCUCAGACUAUACGAGGACACAAUCCCCGGGACCGGUCAAGGACAGCAGCAGCAAAUCGAGCCCAGGCGGCAAUGAAUUUGCGGAGAGCGUUAAGAUAUCGUUCCGAGGUGGCGGCGAAAAGAUCUUCUAUGAGCGUCUCAAGAGUGCCAUGACACAACGGAAAUGGCUGCUGCAAGAUGCGCCUCCUGCUCCCAAAUCCAAUCGUGUGUCUGAGAGCAACUCUGCCAACGGUUCACCACAUGCUCCCGCUCCCAAGGCCAAAACAGCUGGUAUCGCCGGACUCGAGCAGCGGGGCCUGAACAUGCGCAAGAACAAUGAGAUUCUCAUAGGCAGCGCCUUUGAGGACCUCGAGGCCCUCAUGGCUUCCGCGAAGGAGGUGGUAGCCCUAGCAGAGAGAUUCGCACAGCAGGUCAACGGCGCCAGCGGCGAUGUCACGUCCAAGGAGAACUCCAUCCUGGCGGAAUCCGCCCACCAGCUCGGGCUGAUUACAACCAAGGACAUUGUCGGUGGCGGAAGCUCCGAGUCGCUCUACUUGUCCGAGCUGGCACGCAACCUAGCCGAGUUCCUCACCGACGACGCCCGCGGCGUGCUCAAGCGAGCCGGCGGGAUCCUGACGCUCGUGGACCUGUGGGCCAUGUUCAACCGGGCGCGCGGCGGCGUCGAGCUGGUCAGCCCAAUGGAUUUCAAAAAGGCCGCGCAGAUGUGGGAGACGCUCAAGCUCCCUGUGCGGCUGCGCACAUUCCGCAGCGGCGUCAUGGUGGUCCAGGGACGGGAUCGCACCGACGAGGCGACGGUGAGGUCCAUCCUGGCGUGGCUGCAGGACCUGCACGAAUUCCCGCCCGACCGGGACGUCGCGUGGGACUGGCGCGCGUUUGGGCGCGGCGUCACGGCGCAGGAGGCCGCGGAGAGGUUUGGCUGGAGCCUGGGCGUUGCGGAGGAGGAGCUGCUCAUGGCGGAGGAGCAGGGGGCCUUGUGUCGCGAGGAGGGGCUCGAGGGCCUCAAGUUUUGGAAGAAUUACAUUGGGGCCAGUGAUGUGGAGGAGAUGCAGAAGCGGGAAGCGCAGCAGGAGGCAGAUGCUUUGAUGCAGCGUCUGAGGGACACUGGGUUUAUAUAA